AUGGUCAGCUCCAGAAAUCCCACUGAAGAAAGAUCUGCUCGUGCUGUAGGAGACUACUAUGAUUAUCCUGAUUAUCACGAAUAUCCUGAAUAUCCUGAUAUCGAGGACGAGGAUGGAGACGAAAAUUCCUAUGAUGGAAAUGAGGAGGACGUAGCUGAUAUGAUUACGGUACGUGGUGGAGAUGGAUGUAGUUCAUACGUCGGGAAAAUCACCUUUCCUCAGGCACAAUAUGCCGCAUACGAUCACACUUGGCCGAAAAUCGGUACCGCUGCGCACGAGCUUGCUCAUGCUCUUGGACUCAUUCACACUCACGAAAGACCUGACCGUGACGACUAUAUCACAGUGAACGAGUCAAAUAUUGAAGAGAAGUACCAGAGCCAAUUCAAAAAAUCCAAUAUUAGCAAUGCCAACUAUACUACUACACCAUACGACUAUGGCAGUGUGAUGCAUUAUGGGACCAAAGCGUGA